CAUGGCAACUUCUAAAGUAGUUCUCGGUAACAUUCUCUUUGUGUUUGUUUGUUUAGGAAUUUGCUCUGCUGCAAGAACACUCCUCACUCUAGAGGACCGUGUCAACUUGCAUGUUGGCACUGUUGUUGGUGGAUAUGGCGGUGGUGGAGGAAGUGGCGGCGGCGGAGGAGGAGGAGGUGCUGGAGUAGAGCGAGGUGCUGGUGGCUACGGAGAAGGAGCUGGAGGAGGUGAAGGUGCCGGUGCUGGAUAUGGGGCUGCGGGUGGUGGACACGGUGGUGGUGGAGGAAACGGUGGUGGCGGUGGCGGUGGUGCUGAUGGAGGUGGAUACGGAGGAGGGGCCGGUAAGGGUGGUGGUGAAGGAUAUGGCGGAGGUGGAGCAAAUGGGGGUGGUUAUGGUGGUGGAAGUGGAGGAGGAGGAGGCGGUGGUGCAGGGGGUGCUGGUAGUGGUUAUGGAGGCGGGGAAGGGAGUGGGGCUGGCGGUGGCUACGGUGGAGCCAAUGGUGGAGGAGGAGGUGGUGGAAGUGGUGGGGGUGGUGGAGGAGGUGCUGGCGGAGCAAAUGGAGGAGGAUAUGGUGGUGGUGAGGGAGCUGGACAAGGAGCCGGUGGAGGAUACGGUGGUGGAGCAGCCGGUGGGGGUGGGGGUGGCUCUGGUGGCGGUGGCGGUGGAGGCUAUGGCGGUGGAGGUUCACGUGGGGGUGGGUAUGGAGGUGGUGGUGGGAGUGGCGAAGGUGGUGGCCACGGUGGUGGAUACUACCCCUGGACCACACUGUGGGGACAUCCAACUUUCAUAUCCAUGUGCUUCAACCACUCUUUGCUCUCAACGCGCCUUCCCAAUCCCUAUAAAUACCCUUCAACCUUCGUCACUUCUAAACCAACCUACCUUCUGCGAUUUCAUCUUCACUUCAAUCCCAUGGCUACUAUACACGGAUUUCCCACUUUUCUUUUCUCACUACUGUUGGCUCUGGGUCUAUCUUCUGCUACAAGGACCCUUCUCACCUUUGAUGCUGGAUAUGGUGUAGGCCAUGGCAUUGCUGGUGGUUAUGGUGCUGCUGCUGCUGGAAGUUAUGGAGCUGGUGGAGGUGGCGGCUCGGGUGGUGGCGGUGGAUAUGGUGGGGAGCAUGGAGUUGUUGGGUAUGGAGGUGGUAGUGGCGGAGGACAGGGUGGGGGAAUAGGAUAUGGUGGUGAUCAUGGAUAUGGUGGUGGUGGUGGAAGUGGUGGCGGUGGCGGUGUGGCUUAUGGUGGUGGGGGAGAGCAUGGUGGUGGUUAUGGUGGAGGUGAAGGAGGUGGAGCAGGAGGGGGAUAUGGAGCCGGUGGGGAACAUGGCAUUGGGUAUGGAGGAGGUGGCGGUAGUGGUGCUGGUGGUGGAGGUGGGUAUGGUGCAGGAGGAGCACAGGGUGGUGGAUACGGUACGGGUGGAGGAGCUGGUGGUGGUGCAGGAGGACAGCAAGGGGGCAGUUACGGGGGUGGUCAAGGAGGUGGAGGGGGAGCAGGUGGAGGAUACGGUGAAGGUGGAGUACAUGGUGGUGGUUAUGGUGGUAGUGGUCAAGGAAGUGGAGGUGGAGCAGGUGGAGGGUAUGCUGGUGGUGGUGGACAAGGAGGUGGAGCUGGAGCUGGUGGAGGAUAUGGUGCGGGUGGAGAGCAUGGAGGUGGAUAUGGUGGUGGACAAGGAGGAGGAGCUGGUGGAGGAUACGGUGCGGGUGGAGAGCACGGUGGAGGAUCAGGGGGUGGUCAAGGAGGUGGAGCUGGUGGAGGGUACGGUACCGGUGGAGAGCAUGGUGGAGGAUAUGGGAGUGGCCAAGGAGCUGGAGCAGGCGGAGGUUAUGGUGGAGAGCAUGGUGGUGGCUAUGGAGGAGGUCAAGGAGGUGGAGGUGGAUAUGGUGCUGGUGGAGAUCAUGGUGCUGCUGGCUAUGGAGGUGGUGAAGGAGGUGGAGCUGGUGGAGGGUAUGGUGCCGGUGGGGAACAUGGCAUUGGGUACGGAGGAGGUGGAGGAAGUGGAGGUGGGAGUGGAGGAGGUUAUGGUGAUGGAGGAGCCCAUGGAGGUGGAUAUGGUGGCGGCGCCGGUGGAGGAGGUGGGUAUGGGGCAGGUGGAGCACAUGGUGGUGGUUACGGAGGAGGUGGUGGAAGUGGUGGGGGCCACGGUGGCUAUGUUCCCUAAGAAUUUGUCUACAAAGCACACUAGAUUUCGAAGUGAAGCCUUGGAAAGAAUAAGCAUGAUGAUAAUAAUAAUAACUUAACAAGCACCUUUUUAUAAACUAAAGAUUUUUAUGUACGCAAAUAUAUCUAUAAUUAUUAAUUGCAUUACGGUAAAACUAUUCUCUUCUUCUUGUACUUGAUUUUAUAUUUAUAUGGAAGAAAUAUGCUGAGUUUGAGAAU